AUCAAAAGGGUGCCUUUAACUCUGCAAGGGGGCUGGCAAGAAACAAAGAAGGUGGUGAUUGGCUGGACUCUUGCUCAUGGCUCCUGACUAAUAGGACAAAUCCUCCUGCUUCUUUGCUCUAAGCUCUGUCUGGAUACCUUUAGGAAAAGAAUCUUAUUACGUACCAAAGUGAAUAAUUUGUACUCUUAGAGUAGCUGUUGGAACCGUAGGACUUGAAGGCAAGAGCAGGUGUAUUAUCGAGGAUCUACUCACUCAGUUUCCCUAACGCUCUCUCUCCAGAUCGGAUUUAACUGCACAUCAUGACAGAUGUUCCAGCUACAUUUACCCAGGCUGAGUGUAAUGGGGAUAAACCACCUGAAAAUGGUCAACAAGCAAUCACUAAAACCUGUGAAAAAUUGACUGAUGUGGACAGCCCCUUGCCACACUAUAGGGUAGAACCCAGUCUCGAAGUUGUACCCACUGAAGGAAAUCAGGAGGAAAGAGGAAAAUUACAAGGGAACAUGCUGCUCAACUCAUCCAUGGAGGAGAAAAUUCUAAAAGAAAAUCCAGAAAAGAAACUCUUUAUUGUUCAUAAGGCUAUCAAAGAUCUUUCUCUCCAAGAAACAAGUGCCGAUGAAAUGACAUUCAGAGAAGGGUGUCAGUGGGAGAGGAUUCCUCUGAGUGGCAGUAGUCAGGAAAUAAGAAGACAGAAGGAAAGGAUUGCUGAACAACGUCUCAAAGAGGAACAAGAUGAGGACAGGAAGAACAAAGCUCAUCAGGCAGCUGAAAUUGAAUGGCUGGGAUUUCGAAAACCUAGCCAAGCUGACAUGUUACAUUCUAAACAUGAUGAGGAGCAGAAGGCUUGGGAUGAAGAAAUUAAUAAUGAUGAUGAUGAUAAUGAUGUUGAUGAUGAAGAUGAAGUUCGAGUGAUAGAAUUUAAGAAAAAACAUGAAGAGGUUUCUCAAUUUAAAGAGGAAGGUGAUGCAAGUGAGGACUCCCCACUGAGCAGUGCCAGUUCCCAAGCCGUGACCCCUGAUGAGCAGCCAACCUUAGGAAAGAAGAGUGACAUCUCCAGAAAUGCUUAUUCCAGAUACAAUACAAUAUCCUAUCGGAAAAUCAGAAAGGGAAAUACCAAGCAAAGAAUUGAUGAAUUUGAGUCUAUGAUGCAUUUAUAAAGUAACUGGAACUGAGAAAAUCUCAUGCACACGAAAGGAAAAGCUAAUUCUGUUGUCCCAGUGUGCAUAUUUCUAUGCCUUAUUUGAGUUAUCACCUGAAAAGAGGUGGAAGUUGACUCUCUUUUUCACUGUAGAAUAAUGUGGAAAUAACCCUAGAUAAAAUUCAGUCUGAUAACCUCAAAUCAAAAAGCUUUAGAUUCAUUCUUGGGCAUUUGUCUUUUAAAACGUCACUAAUAUAGCACUACGUGAUAAGCACUAAGCAGUCAGUCCCCUGGGGUAAUAUGGCAUAAUUUGGCUAUAAAUGUAGCAAUGCUUGGAAAGGUAGUCAUCAAAUGAGACUAUUUGAGGGGACCAGUUGAAAUAAUUCUUAUAUUUCUUUCCGUGUCUUUUUUCUUGUACAUCGGAGUGACGGAAAGUCUGAUAUUAAAACCUCUCUUACAUUUAAACAUGGUUUUACGGACUUUGGCAAAUAAACCUUCCAAAAUUCUUUGCCUUUACCAUUAUCAUCAAACAAGAUUUCAAGUGACUUUCCUUGGCAUCAACAGAGAGAAAAUUCUAUCAGCCUCCUUCCUAGGUGUUACCAUUCACUGAAUCUUCUCACAGAGGGGGAUGAGCAAUUGUCAAUCAGGAGAAUUCUGUUUGCUAAAUGUUGCCUUUAUGCUUUCAAACUGAAUUAAACCCAUUGUGAGGUUAACAUGGGAGGGGCUAGAAGAUUGGUGGGCAGCAGACUAAAGAGUUAUGUUGGAUAGUUUUAUUUCUGUAGCUGAAAAUAAAAUCUUGUCUAGCACAGUUAAAGUCAUUAAAAAUAAAAAUGACAGCUUUAGCACAAUUUUAAGAAAAUGCCCCUCUCUAUUACCACAUUUUCUCUUAUUAACAGUAUCUCAGAAUAAUUUUCUUUCCUUAGAAACCUGAGACGACGCUAGUCAUAACUGUACUAGUUACUAUGAAAAUGGAAAUAAUUAUCUUAGAAUAUUUUCAAAGUAGAGUGUGAGCAUGUAUUUUUAGUGAGAGAGCUCUGAUAGUUGUUGGGAAUAUAUAAUUUACUGGACCUCAGCCCAAAUCAAGAUGCUUAAAAUUGUACUUGUGGAGCUUCACUCAAACCAAUGUGUCAAAUAACGUAUUGAAUAUUUAUGAAAAGAGAGACUAUAUUUAUAUUCUUAGAUAGUUGCUUCCACAAUUUUUCACUGCAUGCUUCCAUAUAUAUUACCCUGAACUUUCUAUCACCACAGAUAAAGUUUUUUUUUUUUUUUUUUUUUUUUUUUUUGCCCUGCAAAUAAAAAGACAAUUCCUUAUUGUCUGGAUGUAA